AUGGAGAACCGUAGACCCGGUGGAGUGCUGACCACCUUGCCCUACUGCCUCCGCACUGUGCCGGUGGGAUUACCAGGGACUCCGCCGCGACUGCCCCUGAGGGACCCCUUCAGGGACUCCUUCGGUCUAGACGUGGCGUCCUGGGACCGUACGCAUGGGGACUGCCCACGGAGGCGGUCCUACCUGCCCCUGCCGCUGGAUGGCGCCUUCGAGCCCGCCUUUCUCCUCAAGCGCAACGAGCGCGAGCGGCAGCGGGUGCGCUGCGUGAACGAGGGUUACGCGCGCCUCCGGGACCACUUGCCCCGGGAGGUGGCCGACAGGCGCCUGAGCAAGGUGGAGACGCUCCGCGCCGCCAUCGGCUACAUCAAGCACCUUCAGGAGCUGCUGGGACGCCAUGGCCCGGGGCAAGAGGGCGCGGCCGGCGCUGGCGGCGGGCGCCGGGCCGAUUGCUACAGCGACGGCGAGUCCAAGGCGUCCUCGGCGCCCUCGCCCUGCAGUGAGCCGGAGGAGGGGGCCAGCUAG